CGAAACCGCAGCCGAGGGGGCGUUUCUGAGCGGCGGGGGCGGGCAGAGCCGGCGCCUCCCUUCUCUGCUUAGCUGGUGCCUUAAGGUCGGAGCACAAACUGCGUAAAGUUUGCGACCAGGUGUGAGCACGUGGGCCUCUGGUACCGGGGCCCAGGGCCCGCGGUCCCCCUACCAUCUCCAUCCAACAGCGCCCCGGCCUCGCCUCGCAUCAGCGCGUGGCCCCCGGCAGCGUAGGCCCGGCCUCCCGCUCCUGGCGUGGACCCUUCGCCUCGCGGCUCCCGACUCCCGGCUCCAGGCGGGGGCGUUGGCGACGGCAGCAGCGGCCCCGGCGUGGAGGCGGGGACGGGGCGGGCCGCCGGGCUCUCCUCCCGGAAGCGGGUGAUUUGGAGGCUGGAGCCGAGCGGAGGCGGCCGGAGCUCCAGCAUCCCUGCCGGCGGCUCGGGGAGCAGCGGGGACACACCGCCGCCGGAGCAGCGCCACCCCGGCUCGCGGCCGCGCGGCCGGCAAGAUGUUGCCGGUGUACACGGAGGUGAAGCCCAACCCGCUGCAGAACGCCAACCUCUGCUCGCGCGUGUUCUUCUGGUGGCUAAACCCCUUGUUUAAAAUCGGUCACAAACGGAGAUUAGAAGAAGAUGAUAUGUAUUCAGUGCUUCCGCAAGAUCGCUCGAAGGAACUUGGGGAAGAGCUGCAAAGGUACUGGGAUGAAGAACUUUCGAGAGCCCAGAAGGUCCCACAGGAGCCAUCUUUAACAAAAGCAAUCAUCAGGUGUUACUGGAAAUCCUAUGCAAUUCUGGGAUUUUUUACGUUAUUUGAGGAAGGCACCAAAGUAAUCCAGCCCUUACUUUUGGGGAAAAUUAUUAAUUAUUUUGAAAAUCAUGGUCCCACUAAUUCUGUGACUUCCCAAGACGCCUAUAUCUAUGCCACGGUGCUGACUACCUGCACGCUCCUUUUGGCCAUCCUGCAUCACCUAUACUUCUAUCACGUGCAGUGUGCUGGGAUGAGGUUAAGAGUAGCCGCGUGCCAUAUGAUUAAUGUGAAGGCCCUUCGCCUUAAUCACACGGCCAUGGGCAAGACCACCAUUGGCCAGAUCGUCAAUCUGCUGUCUAAUGACGUGAAUAAGUUUGAUCAGGUCACCGUGUUCUUGCACUUUCUGUGGGCGGGCCCGCUGCAGGCCAUCGCAGUGACUGUCCUGCUCUGGAAGGAGAUAGGAAUAUCGUGUCUCGCCGGGAUGGCUGUGCUAAUUAUCCUCCUGCCUUUGCAAAGCUGCGUGGGAAAGUUGUUCUCGUCCUUCCGGAGUAAGACUGCAGCGUUCACAGAUGUCAGGAUCAGAACCAUGAAUGAAGUUAUAACUGGCAUAAGAAUAAUAAAAAUGUAUGCUUGGGAAAAGCCAUUUGCAGACCUCAUUACCGAUUUGAGGAGGAAGGAAAUUUCCAAAAUUUUGAGAAGUUCCUACCUGAGAGGAAUGAAUCUGGCAUCAUUCUUCGUGGCAAGCAAAAUCAUCGUUUUCGUGACCUUCACUGCCUAUGUGCUCCUUGGCAACACGAUCACAGCCAGCCGCGUGUUUGUGGCGGUGACGCUCUAUGGGGCCGUGCGGUUGACCGUCACUCUCUUCUUCCCCUCGGCCAUCGAGAAGGUGUCAGAGGCCUUGGUCACCAUCAGAAGGGUCCAGAACUUUCUGUUGCUUGAUGAAGUAACACAGUGCGACUAUCAGCUACCAUCAGACGGUAAAACGAUAGUGCAUGUGCAAGAUUUUACUGCUUUUUGGGAUAAGGUAUCAGAAACCCCAACCCUGAAAGACCUCUCCUUCACUGUCAGACCCGGUGAGCUGUUAGCUGUGGUUGGACCUGUGGGGGCAGGAAAGUCUUCGCUGUUAGCUGCUGUGCUGCGGGAACUGCCCCCGAGCCAGGGACUGGUCACUGUGAAUGGAAAGGUCGCAUAUGUUGCUCAGCAGCCCUGGGUGUUUCCAGGAACUCUGAGGAGUAAUAUUUUAUUUGGGAAGAAAUAUGAAAAGGAACGAUAUGAAAAAGUAGUAAAGGCUUGUGCUUUGAAAAAGGAUUUCGAGCUUUUGGAGGACGGGGACCUAACUGUGAUAGGAGAUCGGGGAGCCACGCUCAGCGGAGGGCAGAAGGCCCGGGUUAGCCUCGCAAGAGCCGUGUAUUAUGAUGCAGACAUCUACCUCCUGGACGAUCCCCUCAGCGCCGUGGAUGCAGAAGUCGGCAGGCACUUGUUCCAGCAGUGUAUUUGUCAAACCUUGCAUGAGAAGAUCACAAUCUUAGUGACUCACCAGUUGCAGUACCUAAAAGCUGCAAGUCAGAUUCUGAUAUUGAAAGAUGGUAAAAUGGUGCAAAAGGGGACUUACACUGAGUUCCUGAAAUCCGGGGUAGAUUUUGGUUCCCUUUUAAAGAAGGAAAAUGAGGAGGCUGAACAAGCUUCCAUUUCAGGAAGCCCCACACUGAGGCAUCGGACCUUCUCAGAAUCUUCAGUUUGGUCUCAACAGUCAUCUAGACCCUCGUUGAAAGAUGGUGCCCCAGAGAGCCAAGCUGUUGAGAAUGUACAGGUUGCAGUAACCGAGGAGAGCCGUUCGGAAGGAAAAAUUGCUCUUAAGGCCUACAAGAAUUACUUCAUAGCCGGUGCUCACUGGUUCACCAUCAUUCUCCUCAUUCUAGUCAACAUUGUGGCUCAGCUUUCCUAUGUUCUUCAGGACUGGUGGCUGUCAUACUGGGCAAAUCAACAGAGCGCUGGGAAUGUCACUGUAAAUGGACAAGGAAAUGUAACUGAGGAGUUGUCUCUUAACUGGUACUUAGGGAUUUAUUCAGGUUUAACUGUGGCUACCGUCAUUUUUGGCAUAGCACGAUCUCUGUGGGUAUUCUACGUCCUAGUUAACUCUUCCCAGGCUUUACACAACAAAAUGUUUGAGUCCAUUUUGAAAGCUCCGGUACUGUUCUUUGAUAGAAAUCCAAUAGGAAGAAUUUUAAAUCGUUUCUCCAAAGACAUUGGACAUAUGGAUGACUUGCUGCCCCUGACUUUUCUAGAUUUCAUGCAGACGUUUCUGCAAGUGAUCGGUGUGGUCGGCGUGGCGGUGGCGGUUAUACCUUGGAUUGCAAUACCCUUGGUUCCCCUUGGCAUCAUUUUCAUUGUCCUUCGGAGAUAUUUCUUAGAAACGUCCAGAGAUGUCAAACGCCUGGAAUCUACGACUCGGAGCCCGGUGUUUUCCCACUUGUCGUCUUCUCUCCAGGGACUCUGGACCAUCAGGGCGUACAAAGCUGAGGAGAGGUUUCAGGAACUGUUUGAUGCGCACCAGGAUUUGCAUUCAGAGGCUUGGUUCUUGUUUCUGACCACGUCCCGAUGGUUCGCUGUGCGUCUGGAUGCCAUCUGUGCCAUCUUUGUCACCGUUGUUGCCUUUGGGUCCCUGAUUCUGGCAAAUACUUUGGAUGCCGGACAGGUUGGCCUGGCACUGUCCUACGCCCUCACCCUCAUGGGCAUGUUCCAGUGGUGCGUCAGGCAAAGCGCCGAAGUCGAGAAUAUGAUGAUUUCAGUAGAAAGGGUGAUGGAAUAUACAAACCUUGAGAAAGAAGCGCCUUGGGAAUACGAAAAACGCCCCCCGCCGGCCUGGCCCCAUGAAGGCGUGAUUGUCUUUGACAACGUUAACUUCACCUACAGCCUGGACGGGCCUCUGGUGCUCAAACACCUGACAGCACUCAUUAAGUCAAGAGAAAAGGUUGGCAUUGUGGGAAGAACAGGAGCUGGAAAAAGUUCCCUCAUCUCCGCCCUUUUUAGAUUGUCAGAACCCGAAGGUAAAAUUUGGAUUGAUAAGAUCUUGACAACUGAAAUUGGACUUCAUGAUUUAAGGAAGAAAAUGUCAAUCAUACCUCAGGAGCCUGUUUUAUUCACUGGAACAAUGAGGAAAAAUCUGGAUCCCUUUAAUGAGCAUACAGAUGAGGAACUGUGGAAUGCCUUAAAAGAGGUACAACUUAAAGAAGCCAUCGAAGAUCUUCCCGGCAAAAUGGAUACUGAAUUAGCAGAAUCUGGAUCGAACUUCAGUGUCGGACAGAGACAGUUGGUGUGCCUUGCCAGAGCCAUUCUCAGGAAAAAUCGGAUAUUGAUCAUUGAUGAGGCGACAGCAAACGUGGAUCUCAGAACUGAUGAGUUAAUACAAAAAAAAAUCCGUGAGAAAUUUGCCCAUUGCACGGUGCUAACCAUUGCACACAGGUUGAACACCAUUAUCGACAGUGACAAGAUCAUGGUUUUGGAUUCAGGAAGACUGAAAGAAUAUGAUGAGCCCUAUGUUUUGCUGCAAAAUAAAGAGAGCCUAUUUUACAAGAUGGUGCAACAGCUGGGCAAGGCAGAAGCUGCUGCCCUCACCGAAACAGCAAAACAGGUGUACUUCAAAAGGAAUUAUCCAGAUAUUACUCAGAAUGGCCAUAUGGUUGUGAAUGCUUCCAAUGGACAGCCCUCAACCUUCACUAUUUUUGAGACAGCACUGUGAUUCUACGAUGUCAAGUCUAUUCUGAAGGCAUUUCUCCAAUAGUUUUGCACUGUCUGAACUAUACUUUUUUUUUACACUAGCAACAAAUAUUUACACAUACCAGAUGUUAGUUUAUUUGGAUUUUUUCCUCCAAUUUCACUCAAUGAUUUCAAACUCUAACAAAAUUACUUAUUAUUUUUAUUUAUAUUUAUAUUAUAGUAUUUUUUAAUCUUAUCCAAAUUAGAAGUGCAGGCCACCAAUAAAAGCUGUCUAUCAAGUCUUGUGCCUUAAGAGACUCAGAGCCAAAGCUCAUUUUGUGAAGUAUGAGACAAAGUUGCUAAGAAAUUUUUUUUUUUUUACUACCACCCAAACUACAUAUUACUUUGCAGUUAUAUCAGGGAUUCUAUUUACUUGAAAACUGUGUGAAGUUGCCAUUUUGUCUUUAACAUACCAAGGAUCCGUUCUUCCACCCCCCACCCCCACAGGUCUCUGGCUAAAAUAGUACAGAUAAAACCAAUAGGAAAAGCAAAACAUACACAUAGUAGGGAGAGUCCGUUCCCCCACCCCUACCCCCAAAAGUUUAUAGUUAAAAUAUAGAAAGGCAAUAUGUAAUUAUGUUCUAAAAGAAAAGGAAGGAAAAAUGAUGUUUUCUCAAAAUAGGCACCCAUACAGGUGAUUUGAUAAGGAAGGACACAGUGGGAUCAUUGAUCAUCUUUUAAAUUUGCAUGCCUUUGACAUGGUAACUAGUGUAGUUUUAGUCAGUGUGGUGAUGGUAUAUUCAAAGAAGGCCAAACCGCUACUGGUAAUUCCUGAAUAUGUAGUAGUACUCUUAUUCAAGUUUCUGGUUGACUGCCAGCUAACCUUCAGUGGACUAGAAACCUUUUGGGUUAGCCUUUAUUGAAAUUCCUUCUAAAUUGCAUGCAUAGGUUCUCCCGAGUUGGUGAGAAAAAAUGAAAAUCAUUGCAAAUAUUGACUGUAAUUAUACAGUACUAGAGGCCCUGUGCACAGAUUCGUGCACCAGGCAUUUAGUAUGCAUAUAAGAUCUUCAGUUAAUCUCUUUCUGCCCUCCCCGCUUCUCUCUGAGAUUCGUCAGUCUGUUCCAUGGUCCCAUGCCUGUGUAUUGAGCGCCUUCCCCCUGGUGGUCAGUGCACAUCAUAGCUACUGGUUGAACGGUCACUUAGGCUUUUAUAUAUAUAUAUAGAUAGUCUCAGGAUGCAUCCAAAAAGUCCACUUUUAUGAACCUACCCAGGUUAGUUUACUUUUGUUUAGGUCUUUCUGAUUAGUAAAGCAGCAAACUACAAUACUUCUUAGGGCCUGCUGUGCUUUCUUUGAACUGUGGGUUUUUUGUUUUUCUUGAUGGUGAUGGUAUGGUGAGUUCAAGUUACUAAAGGUUGUACUGUCAUCGUUUUAAGUGGUUUCUCGUGACCUCUCAGAAUAAGGUAUAACCACCCUCAAGUUGCAAAUAUUAACAUAUAUAUGUAUGUAUAUGUGCUGCCGUAUAGCAAGUAUUUGUACUCUUCAACAGAAACAAAUGUUUUAUAGACUUAAGCCUUAAACACACACACAGACGCGCGCACACAUACACAGCAAACUACCAAAAUACACUAAGUUCCGUAGCUGUGGAACAUUUUAUAUAUAGAAAUAAUAUGGUUAAUGUUUAGUCCAGUAAACCAAUACGUUGAUUAAUAGUCAAGGCUAGUCAUUCAGGAGACUGAAAUGACAACAGUCAAUAGAAAUAAUGAGGUUUGUUAGAACAGUGGCAAUAUUUGAAAUGUGUGUGUGUUUAUUUUGUCUUUAGAGGUUAAAGUUGGUUAAAAAUGUUUCUAUUUCUGUUUUACUGUCAUCAUAGAGUUUUUAAUGAAACAAAACUCAAUUGAAAUAAAUGGCAGUUUUCUUCUCCA